UUAAAAUAUAUACCUAUUAAUCUAUUAUGUGGGCUGGGUAUGACCUAGUUGAUUCCGAAUGGAGAAUAUAAAAUAGAUUCUCACUCGAGUAAGCCCAAAAAAACUUACUUGGGCCUAUUGAGCCUUAUAGCCCUGACUCAUCCCUGAUAUCCUAACGACGUCGUUUCGAGCCGAUAUGUGACCUGUCAUCGCGUUAAGCCACAGAGAGAAUCAGAGGAGAAAAUCUCCAGGAGAUAUUCGAACCCAAGAAGUUUUUAUUUUUCUCUUCGCAUCAUUUACUGGAUAUUUUGUUUUAGGUUUCGCUUCGAAUCGAGAAGACUUGUGGAGUGAACCUGCCGCUGAACGCAGGUUCUGUCGCUGUUGGAACGCGAUUUCGAUGGGGGAGUGGUGAAGAAGAAGAUGAAGGAAACUAAGAGUAGAACGCGAAAAAACGCGUUCGAGUUUGGCGGUUUCGGUUGCGGUUGGGUUGUGGGAAGCGGGCUAUCAAUAAAACAAGCGGUGAGGUGACACGUCGGAUCAACCAUGACCGUAGCCAAACAACACAUGAGAUCUUGCAGAAAGAGUUGGAAACCUUGGCAUACAGAGUUUUGGCAUAUCUUCUUGUAGGCAUCGUUCGGAUAUAUUCCAAGAAGGUCGAUUAUUUGUUCAAUGAUUGCAACAAAAUGCUCAUAGGUGUUAAGGACUUUGUGACUAAGGAGAAGAACACCAGAGCAGAAAAGGCAAAUGCAUUUACAACCGAUCCCACACCAUGUUUUGGGAUUGUUUUGCCAAAGAGAUUCGAGCUAGAUGCUUUUGAUCUGGAGAUUCUCGAAGAUUUUCACGGGGGCAAUGUUAAACCUCAAGACGAUAUUACACUUAAAGAGGGAGGUUGGCAUGGUGAUAGAAUGGGCCAGCACUCGAUGGAAAGGUUUGAUGUUGGGGACUACUCUAAGGUUACAUUUCAUGAGACUUACUCACCUGAUCACGAAAACACUGAAUGCUAUAGGUCUGCUUGUGGUGUAGACAUAUAUGCAGAAAAAGCCAGAAGCUCUCAAGAAGUAGAUGCAAUCAGAGAUAUACUUCAUAUGAUCGAAGAGGAGACACCGAGUCCUAAUGAAUCUGGAGAUAAUCUUGAUGCUUCUUGUGGUGUCAAUGCAGCGGCAGAAAAUGUUAGUAGCGCUCAAGAAGAACACAUAAUCAAGGACAAAAAUUUUCUGGUUGAAAAUCCCCGCGAUAUGGACAUAGAUGUAGAAAAUGCCAGAAGUGCUCAAGAAGAAGUAGAAGCAGUUAGAGAAACAUUUUGUAUGGUUGAAGAGGAAACACAAAAUCCUGAUGAAUCUUCUGGAGAUCAUCUAAAUACUUUUCGUAAUGUGGACACAGAUGCUGAAAAUGCCAGGAGCGCUCAACAAGGAGACUCGGUCAGAGAAAUGCCCUGUGUGGUCGAAAGUGAACCAGUGAAUCCUAGUGAAUCAUUUGGGGAUCGUGUAAACUCAAGUGAGCAGAAGGACUUGGAAUUAGAUAAAACGCUGGAGGAAGGAAGCAGGGAAAAGAUGCGGCAUGAUGGGUUCCACUCAGACAAACACUUAAGCCCUGAAAUGAUUUAUGGGAUUGAGAGACAACACUCUGGUGGUGUAUCACAAACCAAUUGUCAGAAUGAGAUAACUCCUCCGGGUGAGGUAGAGCCUGUGAGUGAAAUAUUUUACGAAGGAGUAGAGAACCAUCAAGACCACGGUGACGGGGAAAGAACUGAGCCAGAAGUUGCUAAAUCAAUUCAGGAGCCUCAUACCCCGGGUUUAGUUACAUCUGAAGAGCCUCCUCAGCUGAGCAUCCCAGAAGCUUCGGGAGCAACAAGUCCUCAUUUCUCGAUUAUCCCUACUCCAGCUGCGAAGGAAGGUCCUCGGGUUUCAAGGAAAAGGAAAUGUGUGAUAGAUGACACUGUUGUAAUACCCAACAAAGUGAUGAGGCAAUCUUUAGAGAAUUCAAGUGAAUUGGUCACAAAGCGAAGAAAGGUCCCUCAUACUGCCCAUUCAGCCUGGAGAAUUUCACGUUUGGCUAAUCUCUCACAAUGUUUCUUGGACCCUUUGAUUCCCUAUAGACCGAUGGAGCUUCAGGUGUUGUCCGUCCAGUCUGCUAGGCCAAGAAAACCGGAAACUAUGGAAACUCCUAAAGCUGCUCGAACUUCUGGCCAAAUGAAAGAUUUUUCUCUGGAAACGAAGAGAACUCCUGCAGCUUUUUUAGAUUCUGAGCGAAUGGGGAAUGCACGAGAAACAGUAGAGGUGACAGCAGCUGUUGCAGAUGUUGAGCAACCGAUGAAUACCCGAGAAACGGUAGAAAUUCCUCUGGCUGGUUCUCUUCCCGAGCUAGAAGUGACUGCAGUGGAAAAUUGUACAGAGAUUGCCACUGAGACAGAAGUGAGCCCUAGAGCUGCUGGAACUGCUGAGCAAACAGAGAUUGCACCAGAAACACCAGUGAGGGAAUCAAUGUCCAUAAGAUAUUUUAAGAGCCCUGAGAGCCCCAGUGAUAAAGCUAUGAGAUCGGCAAACUACGGUUCGAGUUUUGACAAGGAUCCUAUGAUGUUUGGCGAGGAUAGAGAUCUUGACAUGAUUCUAAUGCAGGAAGAGCAGGUCAUUGUACAUGAAAAAGGGAACUUGCAACUAGAUUCAUUGUCAGCAAGAACAAGGAAGGUGGCAAAGUUCUUGGAAAAGAUUUUCCGGAGACAGAGGGAAAGAGUAGAGGAAGAAACAGUGAGCUUGUUCCAGCUCUGCAAAGGAAGAACACGGAAGGAGAACGCACGUCUCUUCUACGAGACACUGUUCGGUAGUGUGACAUAUACGACUGAAAAAAGGCCACCAAGCUCUGUUGCGGGUGUUGAAGAGCAAAGGUUACUUGCGAGUGAAGCAAGACUACCCGUACGGCGAUAUUCUCCUGAUGACGCCGGUCGCCGGACAAGAGCAAGCUCUGUUCAAACCCUAAUCUAUAUUCUCGACAUUUUCCCCAGUAGGUUGCCUCUGUAUAUACCAAAUUUCGGCUUUUAGCUCUAGUUCUAACUAGUUUUUAUAUGCAGAAAGGUACGGAAUUUCUGAUAAGAAAAAGAAUAUUAGAUAUUUUAAAGUUAAUUCAUAAGAAUUACCUGCGAAA